UGGAGAAAAACUCCCCAAAAAGUUGGAAUUCUUACCUUGACAGCCAAACAUGAAAGAAUUAAUAUAAAAAGUUUUACUUUUGAUCCUCUUCUUCUUCAUCUUCUUAAUAAUUACUGUAUGAGUGCUUUAAAUAUUAACAGAGAAGUUUCUCACUCACAGCUUUUAUUAAAUUUCUCCAAUUUUUAAUCCAACCUCUCCUCCAUCAAAUCCAAAACACAAAAAUAAAAAACUGUCACAAACACCCAACUCAUCAGAUCUACUUGCUCCCCCCCUCUGUCUCCACUUACAGAUUCUUCUAUUUCUAUACCUUCUUCCAAAAACAAGCCCCCUCUCUCUGAAUCUAUUCUAUCUUGGGUUUGCAUUGUUUUUACCUGUUUGAUCCUCACCCAUGAUCUCUCAUUUGGGUUCAAGAAGAAAAAGAACAAAAAGAUUCUAGUUUUUUCUUUUUUUCUUCACUCUCAUUGUUUCUCUUUAGAGUGGGUCUUGAUUAUGAGAAGUUAGGAUAUGUUUUUGACAAAUUUGGAUUGAACCCACAUUGGAUUUUUAAUGAAUGAGAUCUUAUUGGGUUUGGGUUUUUUAAAUUGAAGAAGAAGUGAGAAGCAAAAAUGUUUAAGUCAGCAAGAUGGAAAAGUGACAAGAACAAGACUAAAAUUGUUUUUAGAUUACAGUUUCAAGCUACUCAGGUGCCUCAAGCAGGAUGGGAUACUCUAAUGGUGUCUCUAAUCCCUGUGGAUGUUGGAAAACCAACUGUGAGAUCAGAGAAAUGCUCAGUACGCGAUGGAACGUGUCGGUGGGAUAAUCCGAUUUAUGAAGCAGUGAAGUUCACUCAAGAGUCAAAGACUGGGAAAUUCACUGAAAAGAUUUAUAAAGUCAUUGUUUCAAGUGGAUCGUCGAAAUCUGCUAUUCUAGGUGAAGUCACUGUCGAUUUCUCGGAAUAUGCCGAGGCAGUCAAAGCUACUUCUGUUUCAUUACCUCUUAAGGUUUCCAAUUCUGGUCCUCUUCUGCAUGUCGUUAUCUAUCGAAUGCAUGGAGAUGCCGAGAAAAGAGAGGUCGAAGAAAAUGGAGAGUUCAUGGCGAAAUCCCAAGAUGGGUCUAUUAAAACAACUGCAGCAGUUGAGAAUGUUGAACCCAAUGGCAACCUUGUCGUAUCUAGAGGUUUUGAAGCUACAUCAACAUCAGGUUCCGAGAGCAGCUCUGAACGAAAUACUCCUCGAGAACUUGGUUUGAAGACUUUGAUGAAUAACAAUACCCAUCAAGAUCCUACUAGUUUUCUGUCUUCUUUGAGCCGUAACACUAUGCCUCAUAAGAGAUCAAGCACGGACUGGUCGGUUGGUUCUGUUCCGGAAGAAAGUACGGAUGACUCAACUAUUAGUUCGGAAGAAAACUUAGCGAAAGAAAGGUUGACACAAGUUUCUUCUGAGCUUUCAGUUGAAAAGCUCAAAACUGAUUUUGCUGUUUUGGCAAGGCAAGCAGAAGUAUACGAGCUCGAAUUGCAGACGCUAAGGAAGCAAGUUGUGAAGGAGAGCAAGAAGGGACAAGAUCUUUCGAGAGAAGUUGUUACUGUAAAAGAGGAGAGGGAUUCACUGAAGAAAGAAUGUGAACAACUCAGAUGUUCACAGAAGAAUGUUAAUGGGACAAAAGUUGCAAGCAAGUUUGAAAAUGAUCAAGGUUCAACAGCUCUACUUAGCGAACUGAGACAAGAACUGAAUCAUGAAAAAGACUUGAAUGCCAAUCUGCGGUUACAGUUACAAAAGACACAAGAAUCCAAUGCUGAGCUAAUGCUUGCCGUGCAAGACCUUGAUGAAAUGCUAGAGAAGAAAGAUAAAGAAGAUUCUCUUGUAUCCAAAAAGUCUGCAACAAAUGAGAAGCAAGACACAGUCCCCAGCACUGAAACGAGUGAGGAUGAAGAUCAACAAGCUAUGGAGGUCAUACUUAAAGAACGUGGUCAUGGCAAGGAUGCUUAUAUGUUAGAGAGAAAGAUUGUAGAACUCUACAGUGAAAUAGACGUAUAUCGAAGAGACAGAGAUGAGCUAGAGAUGCAGAUGGAACAGCUUGCCCUUGAUUAUGAGAUUUUGAAACAGGAAAACCAUGAUCUUUCUUUCAAGGUAGAUUCUAACCAGCUGCAAGAUCACUUAAAGACACAAUAUGAACUUGAAACCCAAGUUGAAAACUUAGAGAAAGAAGUGAAGAAUCAAGAAAGAGAAUUCUUAGCCUCUUUGGAUACCAUCAAUGAACUUGAAUGCCAGGUUAAGAUAUUGGAGGAACAGCUGAGGAAGCAAGGAGAAGAAUCCUCAGCAACUACCGAAACCAUAAAUGAGCUUGAAAGCCAGGUUAAGACCUUGGAGGAACAGCUGAGGAAUCAAGAAGAAGAAUUCUCAGCAUCUACCGAAACCAGAAAUGAACUUGAAGAUCAGGUUAUGCAUUUGGAGGCACUACUGAGUAGUCAAGAAGAAGAAUUAGCAGCAUCUUCCAGGACCGUACACGAACUUGAAGCUCAGGUUAAGCGCUUGGAGAAACAACUGAGUAGCCAAGAAGAAGAAUUCUCUGCAUCUUCGGGAACCAUAAAUGAGCAUGAUGCUCAAGUUAAGCGCUUGGAGAAACAAUUGAAAAAUCAAGAAGAAGAAUAUGCUUUAUCUUUGGCUACUGUCAAUGAACUUGACACCAAGGUUAGGAACUUAGAGAAUGAACUGAAGAAUCGAGAAGAAGAGUUCUCAGCGUCUUUGGGUACCAAAAGUGAACUUGAAACCCAAGUUGAUAGCUUGAAGAGAGAAGUCAGGAAUUAUGAAAAAGAGUUCCUGGUCUCUUUAGAUACCACUAAUGAACUGGAGACGCAGGUCAAGACUUUGGAAGAAGAGCUUGAGAAGCAGGCACAGGGAUUCAUUGCUGAUCUAGAUGAAUUAACGCGUGAAAAAGUUGAGCAAGAGAAAAGAGCAAUCCAAGCAGAGGACGCUUUAAGGAAGACACGACGGGCCAACGCAAACACCGCUGAGAGGCUACAGGAGGAAUUUAAGAGACUCUCAGUGCAAAUGGCAUCUACCUUUCAUGCAAAUGAGAAGCUGGCACUGAAGGCAGUCGAAGAAGCUAAUGAAAUACGUCUUGAGAAAAUUCGUCUUGAAGAACUGCUUGAAAAAUCCAAUGAAGAUGUUGGGUUGGUUAAAGAUCAAUAUAAUGAAAAACUGAAAGAUCUUUCCCACCAGAUAACUUUUAAACAUGUACAAGUCGACAAGCUGUUGUUGGAACUUGAAGAUAAAUCAAAGAAGCUUGAAAACCAACAAGAUCAGGAGGAAGAAAUUCGACAAAAUUUCUUGAAAGAGAUUCAAACACUUAAAAAAGAGAUUGAGAGACUUGAAGCUGAGAAAAAUGAAGUCACUGAACUGGAAGAACAGAAGCACAAAUUGGUUCAAACUGGAAAUGUGGAAAAAGAAGAAAUGGAGAGAAGAAUUGCUUCAGUAAGGAAAGAAGCAGAAAUUUCACUGGAGGAAUUGAAUACUGUGAGGUCCUUAAAGAACGAAAAUGAGACAAAGAUCGGCAUUCUACAAUCAGAAGUGGAAACCCUUAGAACUCAGUUGAAUGAGUUGAAGCAUUCUUUGCUUGAGAGCGAGACAGAGAAAGAAAACCUGAAACAACAGGUAUCUGAUCUAAGGAGAGAUCUGCUACAGAAGGAAGACAUGCUGCUGGACGAAAUAAAAUUGCUUAAGAUGCAGAUGCUGGAAAAGGAAACUGCACUGAGAGAAUCAACCAAUGCGUUCUUGGCGAAAGAAAAGAGUCUCCGCAACAAUAUUGAAGAACUGGAAGAAGAGCUCAGUCAGACUUAUACGGAAGUGAAAGAUGGUGACAACAUGACCACUUUGAAUGGCAGUGCAAUUGAACCGGUCAAAAGGCAAAAUGAAGAUACAGAACAGACAGUCUGUUCCUCCCCAAACGGCUGUCAAGCUAACCUUGAUAAAAUGUCAAGUGAAAUGGAAUUCCUGAAGACAAGAAAUAUAUCCAUGGAAAGUGAGUUAAAAGACAUGCAAGAAAGAUAUUCAGAAAUAAGUCUAAAGUUCGCAGAAGUAGAAGGUGAAAGACAAAGACUCGUAAUGAGAGUUCGUAACCUUAAUGCAAAAUCAUCAAGAGUCUGAAGCAGAUUGAUCUUCCAAGUAGUUGGUUCAGGUUUGGUGUUCAAAUUAUCGAUAGCUUUCGUCUUGAAAGAGUGUAGUUAUGUAUAUCAGUAAUUGUAUUCUUUGUUUUAUGCACUUGUUUUCUUGUCUUGUUUAUAGUAAUAAGGAAAGCAGUUUUCUAGGAUUUUUAGUUCAAUUUGUUUCAGCGGUUUACAUUCAGGUCUUGCAGUUCCACAAAAAAAAAAACAGAAACAACAAAAAUGUAACAUAACUUUCAUUAAUAUAUUCUUUCUUUUCUUUUGUUCUU